AUGGAGUUCAUAAAAAGGAAUUAUCGCGAAUUUAUAAGUCGCAUGCAAGAUUAUAGUUACGAUAGUCUUUUGUCGAUAGUAAAUUUUGUGCCUAGUUUGGUUGGCUUUUCGAUUCUUGGAAACAAAAUUUCUGCUCCAUUCUGGAUCUUGCACUUGUCUCUCCUGUUCUACAUCUACGGCGUGGGCUGCACGGUGUACCAGGUGAAGUACGCAGGGGAUGCCCGCGACUUCAUCAAGUGUUACGUCAACGUGUCACUCUUAAUACUGAUCGCCAACAACAGCCACUGGUUCUUGCUGAAACGCCCAUUGCUGAAGUCGAUCUUGCAAGAGAUCAGCCAGAGCGACGCGCUGGCCACCGCCAACGAAGCAUUCCGCGGGAAGCACAAGCGCGCGGUGCAGCGGAUCAAGAGGAUCCUGUUCAUGUUCUACGGCUUCAAUUUAACGAACGCCAUGUUUGUGUACCUGCCCAACCGUAUGGACGUGAAGAACAGCUAUUCCAUGACCCCUUGCUAUGGAAUGGAGCCUUUGACUGCAUCACCCAAUAAAGAGAUUUGCUCUGCUCUCCUUUUGAUUCAAGAAAUUUCAAUCAUGAUGGUAGUUCUAAACUACCAAGCCCUCCUCGUGGUUCUGAUAGCGUACACUGCUCUGUUAUACCGUCUUCUUUCCGAAGAAAUAAUGACUCUCAACAACUAUGAUCGGCAGACUUACUUCAAUAACCCCAUUGCAAAAACAAUGCUGCAUGAAUUGAUACAGAGACAUGUGAUACUUCUUAGCAUCAUUGACAAGUUGAAAUCUUUAUACAGUGGAUCCAUCGGCAUCAAUUUUGGGUCGAAUGCCGUUUGCAUGUCUUUAUUCUUUUACCUGCCUCUUCAAGAAUGGCUUCAAUUUAUGCCGGUGGUUGUCUAUUGUUUCUUGGUGUUCUUUCUGUACUGUUUCUUGUGCCAGAGACUGACAAAUGCAGCGGAAUACUUUGAGCAGUGCGUUUAUUCGUGCGGUUGGGAGAAUUUCGACGUGAAAGAGAAGAAAGCUAUUUAUUUCAUGUUGAGACAGGCCCAGAGACCAGUGGAAAUUCUGGCUGCUGAUAUCAUACCAGUGAACAUAUCAACUUUCGCCACCACCUUGCAGGCGAUGUUUAAGUUUGUCACUGUAGUUAAAGUUUAA